AUGCGGCGCACCCGCCUCCGGUGUCGCGCUGCUGGAGCUGGAGGCCCUGCCGCUGGAGGUGCUGGCGCUGGAGGCACUGGUGCUGCUGGUGCUGGAGGUGCUGGUGGUGCUGGCACUACUGGUCCCGGGGGUGCUUGUGCUGGAGGUGCUGGAGCUGCCGGAGCUCGUGGUGCUGUGGGCUCUAGAGCUGGAGGCAGUGGAGCUGGAGGUACUGCAGGUGCUGGAGCUGCUGGUCCUGGAGGUGCUCGUACUGGAGGCGCUGGAGCUGCCGGAGCUGGUGGUGCUGCUGGUGCUGGAGGUGCUGGAGGCACUAGAGGUGCUGGAGCUGCUGGUUCUAGAGGUGCUCGUGCUGGGGGUUCUGGAGCUGCCGAAGCUAGUGGUGCUGCUGGUGCUGGAGGUGCUGGGGGUACUGGAGCUGCUGGAGCUGGUGGUGGUGCUGCUGCUGGAGGUGCUGGAGGUGCUGGAGGUGCUGGAGCUGCUGGUCCCGGAGGUGCUCGUACUGGAGGUACUGGAGUUGUUGGAGCUGGUGGUGUUGCAGGUGCUGGAGCUGGAGACCCUGGAGCUGGGGGUGCUGGCGCUGGGGGUGCUGGAGCUGUCAGUUCUUAG